AAGAGCAUAACUAACAACAGGAGCGCAGUUGGCAGCACGAAGAACCUGAACUACACCUAUAUCAUUUAGAGCUAGGACUUUAUUUUUUGUCCCAGGGCUAAUCUUGCUAUGUAGGUAUGAGGAUCACUCCAUAGGACUCUACCGACACCUGAAGAGGUCUACUGUUAACUGUUUGAAAAUUCUGAAGAGCCGGGACUGAAGAAGUUUCAAUUUUGUUACUUGUCUUCCUCACCACCAAGACAUGGUACUCUGGAUUAUCUUCCCUAUCUCCCUCUCCCUGGUGUCCUUCAUUGGAACAUGGACUGUAUAUGGCCUAGCCCUCUCCAACAAUCAUGUGUGCUCCCUCAGUGACUGGGGGGGUGACAACUACUGCAGAGGGAAUCGGUCCAAUGGAUGUUGCUCUGUUCCCACCAUAAGCUCAAGUGGAACCCUUGCACCAGAAAAUUCACUUUUCACAGCCACGAUCAACGCUGGAUCCUUUAUGUUUCUGCUGUUCUGUAUAUUCCACCAUGCCCAUGUUAUGGAGAGACAUGCAUGUCAUUCCAUGCUGAGCAAGUUUGCACUGGUCUUCGGUGUGGUGGCAGCCCUGGGGGCAUUCACAGCUGGAAAUUGCAAUCCAGGUUACCUGUCACUCCUUCACUACCUUGGAGCUGCCAUCAGCUUCAUGUGCAUCUGCUUCUACACUGUCCUGCUCACCUCGCUGACCAGGAAGUGUGUGCUGACAGGUUAUGAAAAGGUUCUCUACCCACUGCGCAUCACCUCCACUACGAUUCAAACCAUUGUCACCAUCUGUUAUUCUGUUUUGUUUGCCCAAGAGGAUUACUUUCACGUUCACCUGUCUGCUAUAUUUGAGUGGAUGCUCAGUGUCAACCUGGAGUUGUUUGAGCUCAGCUAUGCCAUGGAGUUUUGCUUCUUCUCGUCCUUCAUGCUUUCAAAUCUGCUGAGCAAACGAGAGGAAGAAAAGCCUUUGAUUAUGACAAUGUCCUGAUAUGAGGCUGCCAGGGUCCAGUUGGAGCAGAGAGAAAGUGAGGAUGGACUUGAUAAGACAUCUGUAAAGACAGUGGCUGGACCAUGGCUGGAGGACCAAUAAUUUUUUUUUCAUCACUCUUCUAUAAUGGAUUUAUAUCUGUUUAUGGAUUUAGACCACUUUUAUUCCUCGCUCUUGAUAAAGUUUCCUGAAAUUGUAUGAUUUUCUUUAUCGGGCAGUUCUGUUCCUUAGGUAAAUCGUUCCUUAUUUAUUGAAACAAACCAGCUCAUGCAGCAAAUGAACAAAACCUAUAAGCUAUGAUGUACUUUCGUAAAAGUGAUGUUGAUGCUCUGCCCUAGAACAAUUAAUCUGAGGUGUCAUAGUCUGAUACACCUUACUUACAGUAUGUUGAUCAGUUUUUUUGUGCGGUUACUUUAUGUUAGAUGUUGGCAUAAUCAGCAAUGAACUAUGAAUUCCUCAUCAGGUACACUUAUUAGGACCAAAGUCGUGAAAACCUUACAACUUGUCUCUUAUCAUCUCUGAACACUAAGGUUCUUUAAUGGAUCUAAGCACUCACAUAUUUUUUUGGCACUUUAAUAAAAUCGUGACCAUUAUACAAACUGGCAAGUACUGUUAUUCUUCUGAUACACAGUUCCUGUGACGUCACAAGAUCCUGUUUAACUGGACGAUUACCUGAGUACAUUCUAAACAAGGAUUGCAACGCUUCAACAGGCUAAGAUGCAGAAGUAUGAAGUUAACUUUUACCUACGCACAGAAUAGUGGGUGUUGUCUUUAUCCUUUCCAUUACAAGGAAAAGGAUAUUUUUAGGUGUGGUCGUUAAGGUAUUUCUGCGUAUGUGAGCCUCACACUUGUGUGAUGAUAUAGGAAUGUCAUUUACUUUUGUAAAGCAGUUUAAAGGCCCUGAAAACAUAGUUUCUCUCAAUUUCUAGUGUGACAGGGUCCUACAUGAAUACAAUAUUUUGAGCCCAGGUUAGAGUAGGUUUGGUAAUUUCACUUGAGAUAUUUCUGCAUUUGUGGUCUUAUAUUUGUUUUUUGCACCAAAAUCAGAGCGAAGAGAGUGAAUAUUGGAUUUAUAUUCGCCAGGUGGCCAGAAACAUGACUCCAGAUGAAUGAUAAUGCUGCUAAUAGACUGUUU